AUGCCUCAAUAUACCGAAGAUCAGCUUCGUCAGGCUCUCGAGGACAUCUCAAACGGCAAGAGUCAAAAGAGAGCCUCAUUGGAGUAUGGGAUACCACGAUCAACCCUCCAACUACGUCUCCAAGGUGGUCAGACUAGGAGGGUGGCUUUUGCUGACUGGCAGAGGCUGUCUCCUGACCAGGAGAGCAAGCUGGCACAAUGGGUUCGCAUUCAGGCUUCGCUGGGCCUCGCACCAACGCACCAACAGGUGAAGGAAUUCGCAGAGCGAGUUCUGGUUGCUGCUGGGGAUACUAAACCAUUGGGAAAAGGCUGGAUCCAUGCCUUCGUGAGGAGGAACCCUAUCAUUAAGGUUCAGAGAAGUCGUUCCAUCGAUUCUAGACGCGUUAAUGGGGCAUCCACUGAGGUCAUUAGGAACUGGUUUAAGUUCCUUGCUAUCCCUGAGAUCAAGGACAUCAAACCAGCCAACAGAUAUAAUAUGGAUGAGACUGGCAUCCUCGAGGGUCAGGGAGCUAAUGGGUUAGUGCUGGGUAUGGCUGAGACGACGUCUGUUCGCAAGAAACAACCUGGGUCGAGGGCAUGGGUCUCUAUCAUUGAGUGUAUCUCAGCCUUGGGUAGGGCACUUCGUCCCCUUAUUAUUUUCAAGGGAAAGACAGUCCAACAGCAGUGGUUUCCAUUACAUCUAGUUCCAUACGAUGGGUGGGAGUUCACAGCAACAGAUAAUGGCUGGACUACAGACUUAACUGCCAUUGAAUGGUUAGAGAAGGUGUUCAUCCCACAGACUAUGCCUGAGACUGAGGGGGAGGCUCGAUUAUUGAUUGUGGAUGGGCAUGGGAGUCAUACGACGACAGACUUUAUGUGGAAUUGCUAUAUUAACAACAUCCAUUUACUGUUCUUACCACCACACUCCUCUCAUGUCCUCCAGCCUCUUGACCAGUCUGUCUUCAGCCCUGUUAAGUCAGCCUAUCGGAAGGAGCUCGGCUACCUGUCUCAAUGGAACGAUUCUACCAUUAUAGGUAAAAGGAACUUCCUGGACUGUUACCAGAAGGCUCGACUUGCUGGUCUAUCAGUCUCGAACAUCAGAAGUGGUUGGAAGUGGACUGGUCUACACCCUGUAGCUCUGGUUAAGCCCCUGAUGAACCCCAUGGUACUACCUGAGCCUCCUGCUAAGCCCACCACACCCAAAACAACCAGUCAGGGCAGAAAGCGAUGCCAUAAUGGUCAACAAACUACCCCAGUUGAGCCAUGGGAUUCUGCUUCCUCUGCAGUGGUCUGGUCGACACCCAGGAAGCUGGCAGAGCUCAGCGGUCAACUGCACUUAUACACCCAACUCGACAAUGAUACCAGCACUCAACGGCUGCUGUUCAGAAAGGUGAAAAAAGGCUUCACAGAGCAGGCCUGGCAACUGGCAGCUGCCCAGCAGCAACUGGCUCAGCUGAGGGCUCAAGUUACCAACGCUGCAGUGAGGAAGAGGAAGACUGUUCAAAUCGAUCCCAAUACGAAGUUCGCGAACAUCAGGGAUAUCCAUCGGGCUCAAAUCGAAGCGGGUGAAAAGGAGGUUAUCACGGCUGAAUCCAGCGACUCUGAAUGCCCU